AUGAACAGUAACCAAAUUCCUAACCAUAACACUGCUAAAGUCCUUGGAAUAAUUUUUGACUCAAAAAACUCAUGGAUCCCACACAUUAAAAAUAUUAAAAAAAAUUGCGCAUCUAGUAUUAACAUAAUGAAAAUGCUAGCUCAUACCAGUUGGGGGGCCUCCUUUUCCACGUUAACAACUAUACACAAAUCACUAAUUUCAUCUAAACUUGAAUACAAUUCGUUCCUGUUUAUAAACGGCAACAAAAAUGCGUUAAAAAUAUUUGACACAAUCCAAAACGCAGCAGCAAGACUGGCAACUGGAGCUUUUCGGUCCAGUCCCAUUACAAGCCUACUUAAUAUAUCCAAUGUGAUGCCCCUGCAUAUUAAACGCCAGGAAAACGUCAUGAUGCUGGCCAUACAACUUGCUAGAAACAAUAUGGUAUCAUCUGUACAAUCAUGCCCGUCCAUACAAGCAAUUGUAGACGAAAAUAAUCUGAACCUCAAAGACAUUAUUAUCUCCCAAACGCCCUUCUUUCCUCCAUGGACCUCGAUCUCUAAUAUGAUAGACACAAGUCUUACCAGUCUGCCCAAAAACACAACCAGCUCACAAAUUUAUGUUCAAGAAUUCAAAAACAUCUUAGAUCAGUACUCCAAUUUUAUAAAAAUUUACACCGACGCAUCCAAAACUGAAAGCAACGUGGGAAUCGCUAUCAUAUACAAUGACGUAGAAGAAAUAACAUACAAACUUUCAGUAGAAUGCUCCAUAUACACCGCUGAAGCAAUUGCUAUUCUUAAAGCCCUUGAAUAUUCACUAGAAAAACAAAAUAAUAACUUUGUCAUCCUAAGCGACUCCCUAAGCUCUAUAAUAAGUAUUGCCAACACUCACAAACCUAAUGAUAUAUCAAAGAAGAUUCAGCUUGCUAUCUCUGCCCACCACGUCAAAGGAAAUGUAGUAAAAUUAAUGUAG